CCUCUGGCUCUUCUCUCUCGGUCUAUAAUCCAGCGAUGCUGUAGCUGUAAAAGCUUUACUAGAAAAUCAACCCACAACCUCGUGGGGCGGCGAUCCUCUGGCGCCGUUUUCAGGCGCCUUUCCCUGGGACCGGGAGCGGCCUCGCUCCCCCCACGGCUGGCGCAGAAUGUGGUGAUCCGGCUGGGGCGGGGAUGACUUCAUGCGGCCGGAGCUCGGCGGCGGGAGCGGCGGCUGCAGCUGGCAGGUGGGGCGCGAGCUGACGGAGCACACGGCGGGCGCGGUGGGACUGCGGCCCGUGACGGCGGGCACGGGGACCUGUGCUGACUCGGUACGGUGAAGUUUCCUGACUUUCUGAGAAGCGCUGGUUUCCCCACAGAAGCGAUUUCUGAUAGAAAUCUGUAGGUCAUCUCCAAGAAAAAAGAGAUCAAGUAUAGUCAAUGAAUUAAAGACAAGAAGGUUUCCAAUCAGUCCCUGCUAUGUGGAUAUUUGGUAGCAAUGACUGAUGUGGAAACUACAUAUGCAGAUUUUAUUGCUUCAGGAAGAACAGGUAGAAGAAAUGCAAUACAUGAUAUCCUGGUUUCCUCUGCAAGUGGCAACAGCAAUGAAUUAGCCUUGAAAUUAGCAGGUCUUGAUAUCAACAAGACAGAAGGUGAAGAAGAUGCACAACGGAGUUCUACAGAACAAAGUGGGGAAGCCCAGGGAGAAGCAGCAAAAUCCGAAAGCUAACAUCCCACUUUGACCCUCGACAACACCUGACAAUGUCUCAAAUCUCCAGGAGUGUCUGGAAUGCAUUUGUUUCCAUGAGUGAAAAGAGGAAAAAGAAAAUGGCUGUGCUGCAUUGCAGGAACCUGCUCAUUAUCGUGUUAAAAAUGAGGGCAGAGGGUGUGGCUGCAGGCAGACUUUUCCCUACCUCUGUCAUUAGCAAUGGUUGAAAUCAUGUGGCUUUUGUUUGGGCGUCAUUUUUGUAUGGAUCCUUUCACUUGAUCAUAUGAUGAAAUGCUUAUAGAGAGUAGCACCGACCUAGAUGAUGAUUCUUCCUGUAGCAUCUGGCCCCUCACAAUGUCAGAGGAUUUAAUUGUGUCUAAUUGCGAAGGGUUGAUUAAACACCAGAGUUUAAAUAUCUCUGGCUCAAGUGUUCACCCAGUAAAAGAAAGAUCAAGAAAGCACUGUUUUUAGCAUUAUGUAUCUGUGUGUUACUGCUGUGUUAUUUACACUGUUUUGUAUUGUACAAUAUAGAUGCUCAGCACUGCCCCUUCUCUGAUUGCUUAUGAAAAACAAAAUAAUGUACAUUACUGUGAAUUUUUAUACCAAUCAUUUUUAAAAGGGCUGUCUCUUUUUUUUAGUUUUCCAUACUGUGGUGGUGUACACAGGAUAGAACACACUUUUUAAAAACAGUCUUUCCCCUUGCUCAUUGUAUGUUGAUGAGUUAAAUCUAACAGAUUUAUCAAGACUCCAUUGCUUUAUUAUACAGACAUUUGAAAAUAUCCAUAAAUGUGAAUAUUACCUGAAUUCAGUCUGUUUGGUGUCUGCACAGACUGAAAUUCAAUCUGUCAAUUUUGUUUUAUUCUCAAGUGGAGAACUUCUCACAUGUAAUAUAUACACCUAUAUGUAUAUAAGAAUUUUGGACAACUGGAAAAGUGUAAAGGAAAGCCAAGAUCAUACUGAGUACUGGAAAUAUUUUGUUCUAUGGAAUCAAAUUUCUCACAAUGCUGUAUGAUUCUAUUUAAAUUUGGAGGACAACUUAUCUUCACAAAGCUGAAUAAGGUGGAAAAAGUAAUCUCCUUGCAAUCAUGUGGACACCAAUCACAAAAGUAAAGCCCUGGUGUUGUGUUUUCAUGUCUUUUUUCAGCCCUCUCAGAUACAAAUGUUAUUAUGCACUUUGUAAUGUUUGUAAACUUUUACUAAUAAUAGUGUGAAUUGCAUUCUGAUACAGUAAUGAUUAUCAUUAGAAGCUAACAAAAUUCUUGUUACUACUGUGUUUGAUAGCCUCUGCUGUGUUUUAACAUCGUGGUUCUUAUAUGGAAAGUUUUUGUGAGCUGUGUAAUGCCUCUGGUCAGUAUUAUGAAAGCAUUUGUCAGUGGUAAUAAAUAAGGAACCAGUAAUAUGCCAAUGGUUCAUGAAUUACUGGACAAAUAGCAGACAAUGGGAGUCCCUUUACAGUAACAAGUUCCCUUAGCUGUCCUCGAGGACUUAGAUACUGUUCCAUAUGAAGUAGGUAGAGCAGCAUUUCAAUAGGUAAUCUGUGUGGUUGUGUCAGAAACUCAGCUCUUCUAUGUAAAAUUACAUACAGGAUAAAAGCUAAGUAAGUCUGCUCACAUCUCCUUCCAUAGGACAUUUCAACUGACUGGAAGUAAGGGCAUGGGUGGCAUUUAGUCCUCAAUCAGAUAUUACUAGAAAUGAAAUUAAUAAUGUCAGCCUUUCCAAGGGCAGAAAGAGGAAAGAUUAAAUUUUAGAAUGCUAUCCUUCUACCUAAUCCAUCAGGGGCCAGAAUGCCUAGUAAAAUUCACUUGAUCUUAGCCAAAAGGCCAAGAAGCGAUGUGCCCAGUAAAAUUCAAACACAUCACCCAUUAAUAGACUCACAAAUGAGAAAAGAGGUUUCUAGGGUUAUUUUAGGCAAUCUCUGGUAAUCUGUUUAAACCAUCGAAACUCUACAGUUUUCAGUAUCUUCAUUUAAUAUUUUAAUAAGUUUCUUGUGAAUCUAAAUUUCUCUUCUUUCUUAAGGUUGUGAAAUUCCAAACUGAUUUUAUGUGAUUUUGUAAAGUUUAGAACCAGUGCUGAGUAUAUGUGGAAGGUUUAUGUUCCUAUGUGAUAUACUAUUAUUAAUGCAUGUGGUGCCAUGCUUGUCUUUGAAUAUAUAAAUAGUGCUAAAUUGCAAAGUCAUAUGGAGCCUUUGAUUUAGUUUGACUUAUUACUACUGCUUUGUCUGCUAUAUUGAAACCCAGGGGCAUUCCCAAGCUGGGGAGAUAAAAAUUAAUUUUUUCAAAAUGACCACAUCUUAUAAAUUUUGCUUAUUCACAGUAUCUUCCAAAUAUUAUUUUAAUUUCUUUUAUUUGCAAGUCAAGAAUACACAUGGAUCUGAAUUUUAAAGGAGAGAAGGAAAGGGUAGGAAACCAGAGCAUUGGAUGCCUAUUAACCAACUAUUCAUAUGCUAAUGAUUUUGCAGCACAUAUUCUCCCGUUUGAUCCUCAGACAAUUCUAUUAGAGUGGUAUUUUUAUCCAAUUUCACAGAUUAAAAUAUUAGCACUCAAUAAAAUAUAACCUUUAGAGGCUUAAAAAGCUAAUAAGUGAGGAACUUAGGAUCUGAACCCAUGUUUGUCACCAAGGAGAUUUCUAGUGCACAUGUCAUAAAAUUAGAGCCAACUGCAGAGCUGUAAGGGAACUUUUAGAGAUGAACUUCUUUGGCCUCCAUAUUUUAGAGAAGAAAACUUAAUCCCAGAAGGAGAAAUGGCCUUUCUUAAGGCUCUAGAUGGGUAAUAACACAGAUAUGAGUAGGUCAUACAAAGUAUACCUUUAAAAAAAAGGAAAUUCAAUUCUAUCUUAUUUGGGGGCGUAUAUUUCCCAGAAGGUAAUUUUCUGGCAUGUGGUCUGUAAACAUAACAUGAUUCUUUUUUUUUUUUUUUUUUUUGAGAUGAAAACUCGCUCUGUCACCAGGCUGGAUAGCAGCGAUGUGAUCUUGACUCACUGAAACCUCCGCAUCCCAGGUUCAAGCAAUUCUCCUACCUCAGCCUACAAAGUAGCUGAGGCUACAGGCACAUGCUACCAUGCCCAGCUAAUUUUUGUAUUUUUAGUAGAGAUGGGGAUUUCACCGUGUUGGCCAGGAUGGUCUCGAUCUCUUGACCUCGUGAUUCACCUGCCUCGGCCUCCCAAAGUGCUGGGAUUACAGGCGUAAGCCACUACAUCCAGUCAAGAUUCAUAGUCUUUGUUUCAUGCUACUCAUUUUGUUUAAUUACCAACAAACAUGGGGACUUUGGUUUUUUGACUUAUUUACAAUAAGCAUAAAAUUGUUAAAUUUACCUUUUAUCAAUUGUAAGCAACCUAUGCCAACAUAUUAUCAUAAAUUCAUAGGAAUAUUUUUCCAAUAAAUAACAGAGAUUGAAAUCCAGUUUGUAGAUAAUACUCCCAGAACAGUAAAUGGUAAAUGCCCUAUGCUUGAGUCUUACUCAGAUACGGUAGCAAUGUACGAUUUUAGAAGAUGAACAAUACUGUUUCUCUUCAGGGAAAAAAUAAUGGAUAAAGAAAUGUAACUGCCGGGUAGCAAAGCUUCUACGUGAAACCCAUAGUAGUAGUAGAGAGAAAAUGUGUAAUCAUCAAGUGAAAAUAAGAAAGGAUCUAUGAUUUAUGAUGUCUUAAUAGACCCUAAAUUGUUCUUUAAUUAUAAGGGUGGCAGUCUCUGAAGUCAUUUGUGAGCUUGUAUGACUUUUGUAUUUAUCAAUGUUGCAUGCUCACAUAAUUGAUAAUUAAAAGUAACACAUUUUUCUGAAAUGUA